AUGCGCCCAUCAGCGGCCCUGCUGGUCUUUUUAAUCGCAGCAUGGACCGUCAACAUCGCCGCGUCCCCCGCAGCGGCCGCCGGCGCGACCCCUGCGGGCGCCGCACCGGGCCCUGGGGCGCCCCGCCGCAGCCGCACGUUGCUGCAGUCCACCUGGCCGCGGGCGGUGACGGACGACCCCUCGUCUGCCGACGACGGCUCAAGCGACGCCUCAUACUACGAUGACCCGACCUCGUCCGGCGCACGUGGCGCGCCAACAAGCGCGUCAUCCGCUUCAGAUCCCACCUCGUCUCUCCGCCAGCCAUCCUCUCCAAGCCCCUCUCCUGUGUCCUCCUUUUCCCCUGCCUCGCGCGGCGCCGACUCCUCAAGCACCGACGACUCUUUGUCGGAUAAGACACUCGGCCCUUCUGAUCCCUCGUCAGACGCCCGCCCCUCCGCCGCCGGCAGCGACAACGGGUCCGAGGAUUCGUCGCCCGCCCCCGACUCCCCCGCUUGGGCGGCAGCCGCCUCGCAGCCGCCGGCCGCAACCCGCGCGGCCGACUCGCUGCCGCCCUUCUCCGGUGACAUCAGCACGGCGUCGCAGCGCUCCCCCCCGUCCUUUCGAGGGGCAGCGCCGGCGGCGCCGACGCGCCGCGCGCCGCCGCUCACCUCCGGCGACGACGGCGGCGGCGGCGGCAGCAGCGGCAGCGGCCCCGAUAGCGACCCAGACCCUUCCUCGUCGACUGACAACAAUCCUGCCCCAGAGGCGGACGAGUCAGCCCCCGAAAACUGGAAGCUCAUCACCGGCCAGGGCAGCGGCCAGUGGUGCUCGGUCAACCCCAUGACAGACCCCUACCCUGCGUACUGCGCACCUGGGCUGGUCUGCUACCCCACCACCUACCUGGCCCCCGACGUCUCGGGACCGGCAGCGGACGCAGACCAGACGCAGGAGCGAAUCGGCGUGUGCGUGGCGCCCGUGCCGGGGCUGUGGAUGCCCUCGCGCCUGCCGCAGCAGUGGCCAGUGCCGGUCGCCUACUUCCCGCUUUCCGAGGGAGCCGUCGCAGAGUACCCACUGCCCUUCUCUGGUGUUGCCACCCACCGCGCGUCCGCGGUCCCCGACGGCCGCUUCGGCUCCGCCCUCAGCUGCAACGCCUCCCUCCAGAGCUUCGUCGCGAUAAAGCCCGCCAUUGACUACGCCAAGGACGGAUCCUUCGCCAUCAACGUCUGGAUCAAGCCGUCCUCCCAGCUGCUCGUGGCCAUGACGCGCGACGGGGCCGCCGCCGCGGCCGCGACCCUCGCAUAUGUGCUCUCCCAUGCGCCCGCCGGCGGCGCCGGCGGCGCGCCGACGGCGAACAGCCUUGCCCUCAUGCUGCCCCGCCCCGGCCACACGCGGUUCGGCGUCGCGCGCGGCGUGCUGCGGGACGGGAACGACGCGGGCGACGGCGGCGGCGCAGAUGAUGGCGCGCACAUGCUGACUCUUAGCACGAUACCUGCCGCGCUCUCGGGCCGGCGGCCGCAGCGCGGCUUCAGGCUGUUCGUGGAUGGCCGCCUGCGCGCGGAGCUCAGCGGCAGCGCCAGCGGCGACGACGACGGCACCACCAACGGCAGCGACGGCGGCGCCGCUGCAGGCAGCGACGCCCAGGCCGGCGGCGCAGACUCCCCCUCUGCCGACGGCGCCGGUGCCGACGCCAACGGCAGCAGCGGCGGCCGCAGCGGCGGCGCUGGCGCCGGAGGCCGCGGCGCCGGCGGCCGCAACGGCGGUGGGCGGCGGCUCACACAGCAGGGCGGGGCCGGCGAGCAGGGCGACAACGGCACCGCCAUCGCAAACGACAACAGCACCGUCUCCGCGGCCGGCGGCCCGGGGGACACGCCUCGCCGCCCAGGCAGGCCGCGGCCGGUGCCUGUGACUGGGGGGGAUCCGAUGGACCUGUCAAGCGGCCACCUCGUGCUGUGCGGGCGCUCCGACCGCGACCCUCAGCGGUUCUACUCGGGGCUGAUCUCAAACCUGGCACUAUUCGAUGAGCCCCUAACCGGAAACCAGGUGGCGGCGCUGUACGCGGACUACAUGCGGCAGGCGGUGAUGUACCCCGCCGGCAUCGCAGGCGCGCUCGCCCGGCCCGUUCCGCGCUGCGGCCCAGCGGACGCGCUAGUUUUGCACCAACCGCACCGGGCAUCCUUGAAGCUGCAGAUCCGCACAGUCACGGGGCUGCCCUGCCUGCUGCCCGUCUCAUACGCUGGGGCCAUCACCUACGACUGCAUCUCCCUGGGUGGCCCGCCCAGCUGCCCGACGGCGCGGAGCGGUGGCGUUUGGGCGGAGUGCGCCGCACCCGGCGGCGCCGCCGCCGGCGGGGGCGGUUCUGCGGACGCGACGGCCUCGGAUGGCUCCGGCGCAGCCUCGGGCUACCCCUCGCCGUCCGCCGGCGGCCGAGGAUCCUCGGCAUCGUCUGCUGCGGCGGGGUACCCUUCAGGGCUCGCCUGGUCGGCUGCCGAGGGCGCGGUGCCCGCCGGCCUUGCCUCGUCAGCAGUUGCCGGCGGCGGCGGCGCGGGGGACGAGCCGCCGCUGCAGCGGCUCACGCUGUCCGGCCAGAUCUGCUACUCCGACUGCUUGAUGCUGCGGGGCCGCGAGGUCUGCAGCGCCGUCGCCGGCGCCGACGCGGCAGGCGCCGGCGGCGGGGCGGUCCCCGGGUCCGCCGUCAUCAUCCCUGGGACGAUACAGGAGUGCGCGCCCGCGGUGCAGGUGCCGCCGGCGCUCACUCAGUGCGGCGCGGCCGCCGCCGCCGCUACGGCGGCGUAUCGGCGAUGCGUGGUGAUGAAUGGGGUUGAGCUCUGCCUGCUCGGCGCCCGCGUCGGCGGCCAGGCGGCAGCGGGCGCGAGCGCCGUCGCCGGCGGCGCGGCGGACGGCUCGCCGCUCUUGUGGGUCCGCUGCCCCGUCGCGGGCGGCAAGCGCCUCGCGACGCCGGCGGACGAUGAGGGGCCGUCCUCGAUGUCAUCCUCCUCUGAUGGAUCCAGUGGUGGCGGCCGCGGGGAAAGUGACGGCGGCGGCGGCGGGUCUGACUCGUCGUGCGACUUCCCGUUCUCCUCCGGCGGCCUCGCCCGCAGCGACUGCGUCGAGGCCCCCGGCGACUCCCCCGGCGGCGACGCGCGCUGCGCCGCGAGCAUCUCCCUCCAAGACGGCGAUGGGGACCCGACCACGAGCCUGCUGCGCCUCGUCCGCGCGGGCCCGCCGUCGCUGGUCUGCUCGGAUCCCUUUGACCCCGACGCCGCCGGCGGCAACGCCCGCGCGCGCGCGCUCGCCGGCCCCGGCGCGGCGUCGUAUUCGCCGCCGUCGGGCCCGUCCGCGUACAUGAGCGGCGUCGCGCGGCCGCCCAGCCGCGCGGCGCGGCGGUACGGCCUGGAUAGGAGCCCCUGCCUGCCGCUGGCGGCCUCGCCCAGGACGGGCGCCGCCGUCGGCGUUGUUAGCGCCUCCGCGGCGGACGGCGGCUCCGGGGCUGACGCGGGUGCGGGCGGGUAUGUGGCUGACGGCGGGCUGGAGCGGUGCGUCCUGGAUCCUGAGUCUGCAGACUUUGAGUGCACCGUCGAGGUUGGCCGGCAGCCCCAGAAGUGCGCGCCCCUGAGCCGCCAGACACUGACGGGGGCGCAGUGCAUGUUCCCUGCAUUCCACGACGGUGCCAGCCGCGACGACUGCGUGUGGCUGCUGGGCCUUGAUGCCUGCCGCACAGAGUCUGGGGUGUGGGAGCCGUGCGCCGAUGAUCAUCUGACUACCUGGCAGGUGCUUCCGCGAGACGGCGCGCUUGCAAAGAGGUACACCGUCAACGCAGAGCCCUGUGUGCGCCCCUUCACCUUCCAAGAUACCACCUACUGGGGAUGCCUGCCCGUCAACACGACCACAACCCUGACGAUCGCCGCUUUUCCGGCAGACCAGGGAUCAGGAGGCGGCGCCCAGCCGGCGCCCCUGCUCACCGCCACCGCCUCCGCGCUCGGCGCGGCGCCGUCCGCGCUCUUCGCGGCCGGCGGCGGCGGCGCGGCCGCGGCGCCGCCGCUGGCGCUGGCCGCGGCAGCCGGCGGGGCCGGCGUGUGUCUGACGGGCGCCGGGGAGUUUGGGUUCUGCGCGCCGCUGCUGCAGCCGCUGCCAGAGGAUCCCUCAGAGGAUGGAGAAGGCGGCACCCCAAGCAACCGCACCAUCAGGCGCACCCUCGGUGGCACCCCUUGCAACUUGCCAUUCGCCGUCGGCGGCGCCCUCUUCUGGGACUGCACCACCCUGCCAACCUCAGAUAACGCGACUGCACAGUACUGCAGGAUUGCAGACGGCAGCUUUGCCCAGUGCGCUGACGGCGGCCCCGCGGACGGCUCGCCGCUCGUGACGGCCGGCGGCGCCGGCGGCCGCAACGCGUCUCUGCCAGAUGAUGUGGCGGCCCAGCUGUUGGCCAGCGGCCUAAUCGGGGCCCUCGGGGGCGGCAACCUGUCGGCAGCCCUGAAGGCGGCCCAGCAGACGCAGCAGGCACCGGGCGGCGGGCCCUCCAGGGCGGUGGCGCUCGGCGUGGGCAUCGCCCUCGGCCUCGGGGGCGGCCUGCUCAUAGCGGCCGCGGCCGCGGCCGUCGCGCUCAGGCGCGGGGCGCUAUACCGGCUACGCUCCCGGCGCUUCCAGGACGCCACGCUCGACUCGGAGCCUCACGGCGGCGGCGGCGGCGGCGGCAGUGGCGCAGCUCAAGGCGGCAGUGCAGGCGGGGGCACUGCCGCCGCGCCCCGCUGGCGCGUCGCACGGGCAAUGAAAGGCGUCGUGCUCGGGUGGGGCGCUCGGGACGGUCUCAUGGCGCGGGGCGGCGCGGGAUCCACGUCUCAAGUCGACGGCAUCAAGAAAUCCAAGCUGCUCUCAAGCGGGGGCAUCGAGCUGCGCAGCGGGUCGUCGGCCGCCGCGUCGGAGGCGCUCGCCGCGGCGUCGGCCGCGAUGGGGCUGCCUGCCGCGGCGGCGCCCGGCGGCGAUGGCAAGCGUACCAACGACGACGCGGGCUCAGCAAGGGGGCCGGCGGCCGGCGGCGCGCAGGCGGCGGCGGGCCCGCCGCCUGCUGGGGGCACGGGGGGCAGGCGCGAGCAGAAGGCCAAGCUUCUUGGCUCGGAUGUGCCCCGCUCCGAUGAGUUGGUGUAG